AUGCUGAGACGGGACAUUUUUUUACCUCAUCGGCCAGUAAUUAAGGACAGUACCACUACAAAAAUCAGACCUGUCUUUGACGCGUCAGCCCGAGAAAGUGGUAAAUGCUCUUUGAAUGACCUUUUGUAUAAGGGUCCGAACUUACUAGAAAUAAUUCCAGAGAUACUUGAUAGGUUUCGAAUUCAUCCAAUAGGAUUAUCUUCAGAUAUUGAGAAAGCAUUUCUGAUGCUAAGUAUAGCCCCUCAACAUAGAGAUUUCUUGCGGUUUUUUUAUCCGUCCGAGAGUGAACAGAUUGUUUACCGACAUCGCAGAGUAGUAUUUGGGUUAAAGUCGAGUCCAUUUUUAUUAGCAGCCUCAAUUACACAUUUAUUAGAUAAUGUACCAUCUGAAUUUGAUGCUAUAGCACAAAAACUGAAACAUUCUUUUUACGUAGAUAAUUGUGUUUCUGGUGUUGCAAAUAUUGAGGAGCAGGAAAGAUUUUAUUGUAAAUGCAAAAGAUAUUUUGUCACACGGGGUUGCUUUAAUUUAAGAAACUGGGAGAGUAAUGUAAAAUGUAAGUAUGUUUUCUAA